GUUUCUUUCGGAGUAGCACAAACCGCGCAGAACGUCGUUGGCUCUCGUUGAGUGCGAACGCGCGCUUGUUAAUUGGUGCGUAAUAUAGGUCUUUUUUUUAAUAUACCUACAACGCCGUCAGGAUAAUAGUAUUCUUUUCGCGUAGAUAUAUAUCUUACUCUUUAUCAUUCUUUCUCUCUUUCUCUUUUUCUCUAUCUCUCUCUUUUUCUCUUUUUCUCUUUCUCUCAUAAAGAAGAAUAUAUAUCGAGACACGCUUCUUUCGAAAAAGAAAAGAAAGAUUUAACAAAUAAGGAGGAACAUCCGAGUCUUCUUUCUCAGUAGGGUAGUAAAUUGGAAGAGAGAAAGUAACAAGGAGAAAAAUGGCAGAGGACAAGAACGAGACAAGCCCGAACGCUGAGGGUGAAAACCCGCCACAGGAAGCAACACCGCCCGCAAAACAGGAAAAAGAGGAGCCUAAGGAAACGAAGGAGGAAGAGAAGAAGGCCGAGGAGAAUGGCGAGGGUGAAAAGGCGAGAGAGAACGGCGAGGAAAAGCCGACGCCAGAGCCUAAGGAUAUGCGAGCCAUCGUGCUCAACGGUUUCGGCGGACUCAAAAGUGUGAAAGCUCUGAGAAAGCCCGAACCCACCCUUAGCGAAGGAGAAGUUCUUAUACGCGUCAAGGCAUGCGGUCUAAACUUUCAAGAUUUAAUGGCACGACAAGGUGCGAUCGAUUCACCCCCAAAAACACCCUUCAUUAUGGGAUCAGAGUGUGCUGGAGAUAUCGAACAAGUUGGCGAGGGAGUUGAGAAUUUUAAAGUUGGUGACAGAGUCGUUGCAUUACCUGAUCAUAAAGCGUGGGCCGAAUUAGUAGCUGUUCCAGCGACAUCCGUUUUUGCAUUGCCAACUGGCAUGAGUUACUUGGAUGCGGCUGCUACUACUAUGAAUUACACCGUAGCGUACAUCUUACUCUUCGAAUUGGCUAAUCUAACGCCUGGAAAGUCGCUUUUGCUACACAGUGCCGGUGGUGGCGUUGGUCAAGCUGUGAUCCAACUUGCUAAGACUGUGAAAGAUGUAACCAUUUUUGGUGUCUGCAGCAAGUCAAAGCACGAGGCUCUUAAAUCAUCCGGCACUAUAGAUUAUUUGCUAGAAAGAGGCACAGAUUAUAGUAACGAAGUCAGAAAAAUUUCAUCCGAAGGCGUAGAUAUAGUCUUGGAUUGUUUAUGCGGCGAGGAAUGUAACAAGGGAUAUGCCCUCUUGAAACCUAUGGGAAAAUAUAUUCUUUAUGGUUCUAGUAACGUCGUAACCGGCGAAACAAAAAGCUUUUUCUCGGCGGCACGAUCGUGGUGGCAGGUAGACAAAGUUUCUCCCAUAAAGUUAUUCGACGAGAACAAAACGUUGUCCGGCUUGAAUCUUCGUCAUUUAAUGUAUCAACACGGUGGCCAUGCAUAUGUCCGUCGGGCUGUUAAUCAAGUAUUCUCAUUGUGGAGUGAGGGUAAAAUAAAGCCCGUGAUGGAUUCAACAUGGGCUCUUGAGGACGUGCCCGAAGCAAUGCAGAAGAUGCACGAUCGAAAGAAUAUAGGAAAAAUCGUACUCGAUCCGAGCUUGGAGCCCAAACCAAAACCAGCUACGCCAGCGAAAGGAAAAGCAAAAGACAAGAAGACUACCAAUCAAGAAGAAAAGAAAGCAUCGAGCGUGGAAUCCGAGGAAGGCGAAAAGAAGAAAGAACCUGAAUUGACAAACGGAACAUCUGAGGAUAAGUCUGAUAGUGACUCGAAGGAAAAAGAAUCAAGCUGAAUUGUCGGCGCUAGCUAAUCAUAAUAAUAAAAAAGAAAAAAAAAAAAAAGAAAAAAAAAGAAAAAAAAAAAAAAGAAAAAAAUUGUCAUUUAUGAGAAGCAAGAACUUUCACCGAUGUAUCAAGAAACCCAUAUUGUUACUGUCUGACGAAAAAAAAAAAAGAAAAAAAAAAGAAAAAAAAAUAAUUUAAUUCGACUUCUAUAUUACUUGCAUGCAGUUUGAUGAAACGAUAUAACGUAAUCGGAGGUUAUGAUUCUCGAGCCCAAGACUUAAAAACAAAAAGAAAAAAGGACUCUGCUUAAUAUAUCUGCUCUAUUAAACAUUGAAAGUUCACAAGGCUAAUAACUGAUACAGAAACAUCAACCAACAAUCACCUAAUUAUAUCGGAAAAAAGUAUAAAAUGGGAACAACAAAAAUAGAAAUAUCAUUUUGACGCGGUCCACUAGUAGUUUACAAUUGCUAGAUAUAUUAUCUUUAUCCUUUAACACUGGCCGAACAGUUUAGUUCGUACAGCACAACGUAGCCAUUAGUUAUUCGUGAAGAGAAGAGGUCAUUUGAUAACCUGAAUCAUCUCUGUGAUUAUUUUAGUAUGUUCGUGUAAUGUAUUUUAUGCGUACUUACCAAAAUACUCCAGGUCUCUCAUAGUUAUAAAAAUGGAAUUCAUUAGGAACAUAAAUAUUCUAAUCUUAUGUCUAUUAUCGACUGUCCAGAAAUGAAAUAAUAUAGUAGUCAGUCUUCGUAUUUUAUAUCGUUUUUAUAUUCUGAUACAAUUUCUACGUGAUUUUUUAUGUAUAAUUUUAAUUUAAUGGGAUAUGUUUAUUUAUUCUGAUUUGUUGAGAGACCCAUAUGAAGUUACAUUGAAGGAAAAAUAAUAACACUGAGUUAGUUACAUUAUAUAUUCAUGCCAAUUUUUUCGCUCUAAUAUUAUUAUAUUGACCAUGGUAUUGUAAACAAGGAAACAAACAAAAAGAAAAAGUUAUUUAUCUUUUAUUAUGUCUUAUUAUCUAUUUUAUUAUUUAUUGAUAAACGAAAAUGCACGAUUGUCUGAAUAUUUGUAAACAAAAGAUUAUUAAAUUUUGAUAAUGUCUCGAAAUUUUUAAAAUAUAUCCGCUGGUGCAACCGAAUAUCAAAUUGAGUGCUACUGGAGAGUUGAAAAAAGGAAAAGAAAAAACACGAGAAGUCACAUAAAUCAUUUUUCAAAUAAAUUGUGGUAACUUUUGCAACGAUUUUUCAACGACCUAUUUUUGAUAAUAAUUUUUAAAUGCCUGCGUUUUUUGAACGAAAUACAGAUCAAUAAAUCCGAGCUCAGACGCUCAUAAAGUAUUGAAACGGAAGUCUUAGAGUUGCCUUUCAUCAAUUUCAUUCGUAUCAGUCAGGAUAUGUAGUUUUUGUACCAAUACAAGUAUUGUAUCAUCAAUACUAAUUUAGAUUUACUAUUCAGAAUGUUACUUGCUAGCUAGAAAUUUCUCGAUCUAUUUAAUAAGAUGAAAAAAAAGUGAAAAGAAAAAUACUGCUUUAUAAUAUGCAAUAAUAAUAAUAAUAAUAAUAAUAAUAAUAAUAAUAAUAAUAAUAAUAAUAAUAAUAAUAAUACACGAUAAUACGAAAAAAAAAUUGAUUGAAAAUACUUCAUUAUUUUAUGCAAAUCUUUCAAUUUCAAAUAAAUUUCUCAUUACUUGACGAAUAAUUAGGAAACUUGUAGAUUUUCGAAAUAGAUAUUUAGUGACAAAUUUGUUGCCGUUAAGCGCGCAAGGGACGACGUAUUCGUCAAAAUGAGAGGAAGAGAGAGCGAGAGAGAGAGAGAGAGAGAGAGACAUUUCUUCGAACGAGAAAAAGAAAAAAAAAUCUGUGUACAGCGAGAAUGUUCAUGAAAUUGUAUGAUUUGUCGAUCCUUUAAAGCUUUUCCGAAAAGCUUUAAAUUAUAGCCAGCUUGCUUUUAUUUAACGAAACGUACGGCCUUUAAUGUUUACGUAAGGAUACUUGCUAUUGUAAGAUCUAUUACGAAUGAAAAAAUCCUCGUAAUGAUAUUAAAAAAUAGAAAAGAAAAGAAAAAGAAAAAAUUAAAAAAAAAAAAAGAAAAAAGUUAAAAAAAAUAAACCAAGAAAGGAAAAGAUUUAGGUUCGUCGAAGAGUUUCUCGAACGAAGUGUUACUCAAAUUGAAAAAAAGGAACACGUUUGAUGGGGAAAACAAAAAAAAAACAAAACAAAAAAAUGCAUAUCUUUCCGAAGCGUUUCGAACCAUUUCAUUCAAUUGGUUCCGCUCUAGGAUUUGAUACUAAUCACUGUAUACCAAGAUAAUCUGUAUUAUACUAAUCGCUAUCGGAAAAUUACGAGUUUAUAUACCGAGGAUAUUGUUCCCACUUUCAUCGCUAGAAAUAGGGAAACGUAAUAGUGACUAAAGAAAAAAAAAAAAAAAUUUUUUCUAGUAUCAAUACUGCCGUAUCAAAAAAUCUCUUGGUCCAAAAUUACAUCGUAUAUUAUAUAUUAUCAAUUACCAUUACUCGUGAGAAAAAGUGUGUAUCGAGAUUAGGGAUGAAAAAGAGGAGAAGAAAACAAAAGAGCUAAGAAACUUUAAAUAUGGGUGCAUAUUUUGAGAAGUCUUUAAAAAAAAGAAAAAAAAAAAAAAA